CUGCGGUCGGCGGGACUUCCGUGUUGGCGGGAUUCUGAAUGCUGCAAUGGCUCAGACCGUGCAGAACGUUACUUUGUCGCUCACUCUGCCCAUCACGUGCCACAUUUGCCUGGGGAAGGUACGCCAGCCUGUCAUAUGCAUCAACAACCAUGUAUUUUGUUCAAUUUGCAUCGAUUUGUGGUUGAAGAAUAAUAGCCAGUGUCCAGCUUGCAGAGUCCCCAUCACACCUGAAAAUCCUUGUAAAGAGAUUAUCGGAGGAACAAGUGAAAGUGAACCUAUUCUAAGUCAUACGGUCAGAAAGCACCUUCGGAAAACUAGACUUGAGUUACUCCACAAAGAAUAUGAGGAUGAAAUAGAUUGUCUACAGAAAGAGGUAGAAGAGCUUAAGAGUAAAAAUCUCAGCUUGGAGUCACAGAUCAAGACUAUUCUGGAUCCUUUAACCUUGAUGCAGGGCAACCAAAACGAAGACAAACAUCCAGUUGUAGAUAAUCCAAGUAAAAUUGACUCAGAAACUGUAGCAGAGUGGAAGAAAAAACUCAGAACAGCUAAUGAAAUCUAUGAAAAAGUGAAAGAUGAUGUAGAUAAGCUAAAGGAGGCAAAUAAAAAAUUGAAAUUGGAAAACGGUGGCCUGAUGAGGGAGAAUUUACGACUCAAGGCUGAAGUUGAUAACAGAUCACCCCAGAAGUUUGGAAGGUUUACAGUUGCUGCUCUUCAGUCCAAAGUAGAACAGUAUGAACGUGAAACCAAUCGCCUCAAGAAGGCCCUGGAACGAAGUGAUAAAUAUAUAGAGGAACUAGAAUCUCAAGUUGCACAGCUGAAAAAUUCAGGUGAUGAGAAAGAAGGUGUGAGUUCCAUUUGCCAGAGAGCACUUUCUACAGAGAGCAAGGGGAACAAAGGUAGCGAGGAGGAUGUGGCAGCAAAGAGCCAAGGUGAUGGUGCCAGAAAGCAGCCUGGCUUGUGCAGCUUGAGUUCUUCUCACCUGGCAAAGCCUUCCAGCAGCAGACUCUCUGAUACCAGUUCUACCAGGCAGGAAAGCACCAGCAAAACAGAACCGAAUUGUUCUAACAAAGACCUUUAUCAAAAACAGGUAGAAAUAUUGUUAGAUGUGACUGAUACAAGUAUGGAUACUUAUUUGGAGAGGGAGUGGGGUAAUAAAACAAGUGAACGUGGAUCCUACAAGGAUGAAGAACUCUAUGAUCUCCCAGCUCCUUGUACUCCUUUGUCCCUGAGUUGUCUUCAGCUCGGUACUCCAGAAAAUAGAGAGAGCUCUGUGGUCAAAGCCGGAGCCUCCAGAACGCACUCAAACCAUCUCAGAAAACUGGUGUUUGAGGAUUUCUGUGAUUCUCCUAAUGUUUGUAAUAAAGAUUCUCCAGAGGAUGCUAUAAGUAGAAGUGAAAAUGAAAAGAAAUCAGACUGUUUUACUUCCCCAAAGACAGGGUUUUGGGAUUGCUGUUCCACAAGCUAUGCCCAAAGCUUGGGUUUUGAAAGCUCAGAGGGGAACACCAUAGAAAAUACUGUUGGGGAAAUAUCUUCAAAAUCGAGUGAGAAAUCAGGCUCAUGUUUAUCCAAGAGGUUGAAUUCUAUUCGCUCUUUUGAAAUGAAUAGGACAAGAACAUCUAGUGAAGCAUCAAUGGACGCAGCUUACCUUGACAAAAUCUCUGAGUUGGAUUCAAUGAUGUCAGAGUCAGACAACAGCAAGAGCCCCUGUAAUAACGGUUUUAAGUCACUGGAUUUGGAAGGGUUAUCAAAGUCAUCACAGAGCAGUGAAUUUCUUGAUGAACCAGAUAAAUUGGAAGAAAGAACUAAGCCAAACCUUCCCAAAGGUACUCUAACUACUGAUCAGUUAGAAAAUGGAAAUGAAUGGAAAUCCACUUCUUUUUUUCUUCUCCCUCCAUCUGACCAAGAAAUGAAUGAAGAUUUUGCACUCCAUCCCAGUUCCAAUCCAGGAACUAAUGAAAUCAAACCGCCAAGCUGUUUGUUUCAGACAGAGUUUUCCCAGGGUGUUUUGUUAAGCAGUUCACAUCGGCUAUUUGAAGAUCAAAGGUUUGGGUCAUCUUUGUUUAAGAUGUCCUCAGAGAUGCAUGGUCUUCAAAACCACCUUCAGUCUCCUUGGUCUACUUCCUUUGUACCUGAAAAGAGGAAUAAAAAUAUGAAUCAUUCUACGAAAAGAAAAAUCCAGAGCAGCCUUUCCAAUGCCAGCCCCUCAAAAGCAACUAAAAGUUGACUCUUUAGAAAAGUGUCAUUUGUGUUUGUGUCCUGAGAGGAAUAUGAAAGUUUUUAUAAGUUACUUUAUUUUUUCCAUCAGAAAAGUUCUAUACAAUUUUGAAUUGAUAAUCUUUAGUCAAGUGUCAAGUCACAAUUGUGAAUUAACCUAAACCCAGAAUACUGUUGUUCAUUUUGGAAGGAUUUUGGUCUUUGUUUAUAUUUUUGUUUGGGGAUCUUUUUGAUUGAGAAAGGUAGGAAAAGGGUUGUUUUUUU